AUGGCUAUUGAGCGAGCCGCCCGACCGAACGUUCGUCGAGCUCGGCCGCCCGGACAACGACGAGCGGUUGUGUUUGAUGAUACACCAAAGCCGUCGGAAUGGCGGAAUAUUUGGGUGGCAAUAUUUGGAUUCUAUAUUUUGUUCGCUGAAACUGGUGUUAGGCAGGUCAUGAAUGGAUUCGUCGAGCCUGUCAUUAAAACCUACAAUUGUACAAAAGAUGAAGCAGACACUGCGGUUUUAGUGGUUCCCAUGGCCUCUAGCUUGAUAUUGGGACCAUUCUGCUCAAUUUUCUAUCAACGAACGGGGGCUCGGAUCAGUAUUUUCGUAGGAGCAGUGUUGACUGGAGGAAGUUUUGUAGUUGGACCAUUCUGCAAUUCAAUUUAUCUUCUUAUGUUGGCAACGUUUGGAAUAGGAAUUGGCUGCGGUUUAAUGAGAAAUUCCAUCAUUUCGAUUCAAUGUGAAUAUUUCAAAAAGAAACGAAACACAGUGAUGGCGGCGAUUUCCAUCGGACCGGGACUUGGUAUUUUUAUUCUUCCACGGACGUUGAAAUGGAUUAUGGUCAAAUACGACAGUUGGGGACCGGCUUGGUGGUUCUUGUCACUUUUCUAUGUGGUCUCUGCGAUCAUGGGUUUGUUCAUCUCCAAACAACCGUCAGAGCAAACUAGCAGUUUUUCAAUGGGCUCUGCUAUCAAAGUCUGCAAAAAAGUGGAGUUCGAUCUUCAUCUCAUUGCUUGCUUUUUCGCCUCGUCAGUCACUUUUAUCUAUCUAGCGAAUAUUCUGAUUCUCAUGGAGUCGGAAAAUAUUGAAGACAAAGAAGGAAUUUAUGGGUUCCAAGGGUUGGCGAGUAUCGUUGGAAAAUUUGUGCUCACUUUUGUUAUGAGCUUGAAUCGAGUUCACAAUGGUAUCAUAAUGAUUAUCAGUUACGUCAUUGCUCAGUUAUCCUUAUCGUCUGCCGCCUUCUGCUACAAAUUCUGGCAGUUUAGAAUUCAAAAUGCGUUUGCUGGUAUUGGUAUAGGACUCUAUCAAGCCUGUCUUGCUCCAUUCUUAGUUGCCAUUGUUGGCCCAUCCCAGCUCGCCUACGCUCUUGGAUUCACAAAUCUGAUAAACGGUGUUUCUAUCAUUUCUGGAGUUUGGAUUUCUGGAUUUGCAAGUAAAGGAACGACAGGAGAAGAAGCUCGUAGCGCAUUUUUCGUGUCUAUCUGGCUUGGAAUCGCUGCGAUUGUGAUGUCGGCGGUGACAUCGUUCCUGCUGAUGGCACGCGAGAAACAUAAGAGGAAGCCGUCGAUGAAACAGAUGAAGCACUCAUCCGAACUAAAUGCUCUUACCAAUAUCACUUCUGUCGAAAACUCAUAA